AUGCACGGGGAAAAAACCUCUCCAUCACACAAUGUGCUGAGGAAGAAAAUGUACAACGGAACCACCAUGACCAAGUUCCUUCUCCUGGCAUUCUCUGACGUUCGGGAGCUGCAGAUUUUGCACUUUGUGAUGUUUCUGGUGCUUUACCUGGCAGGUCUGAUGGGGAAUCUUCUCAUCAUCACAGCUAUAGCUCUCAACCACCAUCUUCACAACCCCAUGUACUUCUUCCUGGUGAAUCUGGCCAUCCUGGACCUUGGCUCCAUCUCCGUCACCAUCCCCAAAUCCAUGGCCAAUUCCCUCAUGAACACGAGGGUGAUUUCUUAUUCUGGAUGUGCCGCCCAAGUCUUUCUCUUCAUGUUCCUUGGUUCAGCUGAUAUUGGCAUCCUGACUGUCAUGGCAUAUGAUCGAUAUGUCGCCAUCUGCCAACCACUGCACUAUGAGAGAGUGAUGAACAGGAGAGCUUGUAUACAAAUGGCAGCCAGUACCUGGAUCAGUGGUAUUCUUUACUCUGCCCUGCAUACUGGAAACACAUUUGCAUUAUCCUUCUGUGGAGGAAAUGUGGUGGAUCAGUUCUUCUGUGACAUCCCCCAGUUACUCAAGCUUGCCUGUUCUGACUCAGACCUCAGUGAAAGUGGGGUUAUUGUCUUCAGUGCUUGCUUAGCCUUAAGCUGUUUUGUUUUAAUAAUUGUGUCAUAUGUUCAGAUCUUCAGAUCCGUUCUAAGAAUCCCCUCUCCACAGGGCAGGCAUAAAGCCUUCUCUACCUGCCUGCCUCACCUCACUGUUGUCUCUUUAUUUGUUUUCACUGGCAUCACUGCCUACCUGAAACCCAGCUCCAGGUCCAUAUCACAUCUGGAUCUCGUGGUGGAUGUUUUCUAUUCCAUUGUACCUCCAAUGCUGAAUCCGAUCAUCUACAGUAUGAGAGUCCAAGAGAUCAAAGCUGCCCUGAGGAAACUGAUUGGACAGAGAUUAUUUAUGACCAAUAAAAUGUCCAUCUUUCUCCUUUGA